AUGUCUAUCAAGUCCCAAUCCCUCAAUGGCCAAUGGGCCGGCGUCUACACGGUGGACAAUUCAGACGGAACUGCCAACGGCGAAUCUGACUUCGUUCUCUCGUUUGAAAGAGACCCGAUCGACUCCACCCGGGCCCGCAUUAAGGGACAAGGUACUGAUGAUGCUGGCUCGUUCACAAUCGCAGGAACGCUCGACUCAGAUGAUUCGAUGAAUUUACAAAAGAACUACAGCACACAUGGAUGGGUGUACUCUGGAAAAUUGGAUCGAGCGUUGAGUGUGGUCCAUGGGUCAUGGGGGGAUGUUCGCAAUGGACCGAUGGGGUUCUUUGUCUUUCAUCAGGUAAUUGAUGAGGAGGUGGUAUCCGCGAGGGAGAGAAUUCAGCGGAUCAAUGGUCGAUGGAAAGGAACAUACAGCGGAACCAACGAAGACACCCGUUGGUCGUCUGAGUUCGAUUUGACCGCCUCCCCCGGGAAAAAGUCCGAACAGGUGGCCAUUGUAGGAAAGGGAACGGACAAUGCCGGUGCGUAUUGGAUCAGGGGGAUGGUGUUUCCCGCCCACCAGGUGAUUUUCGUCAAGCAGUAUGCGCGACAUUCGUGGAUCUAUCGAGGGGAGCUAGACGAAGAUGGCAGUGUGAUGGAAGGGGACUGGGAAGGUAAAGGAAAUCAGGGGACGUUCCUUUUCACGCAUUGA